AUGGUUGAAGGUUCCUGUACCUUCGUACCCGAAGACCGUCUUUACGAUUUUAUUGUGGUAGGAUGCGGAGCGGUGGGAUGUCCUCUUGCGAGGACGCUUGCAGAUGCUGGGAACAGAGUUUUGGUCUUGGAAAGAGGAAAAGAGAGGGCGAAAGAAAAAACACCCCACGCCAUGGAUAUUUUCGGCGCGGGCAAGGCUGUUGCCGACGAGACCCUUUCCCAGCUCAUUCAGACGAAUCAAGGAGUCCGCAGCCAGGCGGCCGCAGUGAUGGGGGGAGGUACUAGCAUCAACAUGGCGAUAGUGGCGAUGGAGAACAAAGAAUAUUUUGAAUAUUUGAACUCCACGCACGGUUGGAAACUGAACUCUGACAUGCUGAAAGAGGCGCAAAAGUGGGUCGGCCAGGCUUUCAAGCCUAUGCCCCAGGACCAAGCUUAUGGGUCCAGACUGGCUUUGAGCUUGCAAGAUGAAGGUUACAGGCCUGUUCUCCAUUCACAUGAGAAGGCGAUCAAGUUCGGUGGCCCGCAGAAUGGCCUUGGAAGCCCAGCUGAGAUUAUGCCCGGCCACGUAUGGGGAGGACUGACGGUGUUCGAUAAAGAUAAGCAAUUCUUCAGGAACGCUGCGGAUGUCUUUUUGUACAUGGCGGGUGGGCAGUUUGCACAUCCCGACCGCCUUCUAGUCAAGACGGAACAGUAUGUAGAGAGAGUCCUCUUUGCUAAUCCAAGAGCUACAGUGCCGCAGGCUAUCUGCGUCACACACAGACAUACCACAGCAGAAGACAUUGCUCCAAUCGGGCUAGACGUGCCACCGCCGCGUCCAAGUGCUGCAACGGGAGGAAUAUUGCCCUAUUUACUGUCCUACGCGCGUCAAAUAAUUAAUUGGAUCUGGCCCAGUGACACGUCUACGGAAAUAUCAUGCAUUCGUCGACACGGCGAGGUCAUCUUGUCUGCCGGAGCUGUCCAUAGUCCUCUGCUUCUCUUCCGGUCGGGUGUGGGCCCGCGUGAGCAACUUCGAGAAAUGGGCGUAGAAGAAGUUGUUGCACUGGAACAGCUUGGGCAGAACCUUUCAGACAGAGUUCUUAUUCCGAUCCAGAUGUUUCUCAAGGAGAAAAAGAGAAAAGAAGACAGGGUUCCCAGAGUGUGCCAAGUAUUCGGGCUGAGACACCACGGACCGCAGUGUGAAGGUGUUGGGGUUAACGAGCGGACCCUGAAGUGUUCGCUGUUAACAACGGAAGAGCUCUCAGGACCGAACAUCAUUCACGGUCUCCUCUGGGCAUCUCAUCUGCUGGUACCGCCAUCAUGGCGCGACCAUCCUGCCGCUCAUGCUGUUUUCAAAUUUGUUCGCUUCUGCGAAGGGAAGGUUCAAUUUCGGAGCACACGCGAGUACCCACCGGCCUGCGUGUUUGUCGAAGGCCUGCUUGACUGCUUAGACCGCAGCUUUUCAAUUUUCUACUUCACGACCGAGCCCAAAUCCCGAGGUUAUAUUCGGCAGCACAGAGAUGGUCGAAUCGAAGUCGAGGCUAAUUAUCUCAAAGACGAACAAGACUUAUUCGACGCUGUGAGAGGCGUUCAGUCUCUCAUUAACCAAGUGAACGGCGGCCACCUCAAUGACAUCGUCGAGCCUCUCCAGCCAGGUUCAUGCCCAGUCAUGAUGCUGCACACUGUCGUCAAGCUCUUUCUGCAAUUUGCUCAAGCGGAUGAUCUACCCCAGUACGAAAAGCAGCUGCUUUCGGUACGGCGGCACGCAGGUGAUCUGCAACCACUUCGGCGCAGCGAAAGUUAUCCUCAGACGCCAGCUGCAUCAGGACAAAAGAGCGAGAUGCAACCCCUGAUUGACCUAGUUAAUGGAAAAGGAGAGAGAAGAGGAUCCCCAAUCUCCACUACACCCUCGGAUGCUCCAAAGUCUCAAGCACCCAUCGAAACUCGCCAGCAACGCACCGCGGCACAGCCGGUCGAGGCUCUGGAAGAGGCCAUGAGAGAAAUAUUUGAAGAUAGGGAAAAGCUGAAGCAGCUUUUGGAAAACGGGCCUGCCCAAAAACGCCGGCGUCAAACUGCUAAAUCCCCGUCACCCACAGCUCCGGGCGCGAACGCCGAGACAGCUAAGCCCAAUGAGUCAGUAGCACAGUCGCGGGGGUGUUUCGGCGACGCCGAACGGGCCUGCAAGGAUGGUCCAAUCCACAGUGACCUUUACAGCACUACCUGCAGUGCGCAUGAUAUUUUCACAAAACGAUACGGAUCUGCCUGCGAACCACUACACGGUGUGCCGACGGCACAAUCCGAGUAUUCUGAGGGCUUUGCGUCUUGGGAAGAGAGUCUCCUCGAUGCCGGUAUACAAGAGUUUUUUCGGGAGACAAUGCCGACGGGAUCUAGCCAACGGGCAGCCACCUUCCCCCCCAUCUUGCCACGCGUCGACGAUCCCGAAGCACUUGCGGCUUUUGCUGUGACAUACAUGACAAGCAUCUGGCAUUUCGCUGGGACCGCCGCAGUAGGACAUGUAGUGGACCAUGAUUUUCAGGUCAAGGGUAUCAGAGGUCUUUCGAUAGCAGAUGCAUCUAUCUUGAACCAGAUGACUCGUCUGAAUCCUACGGCGACCCUGCUUACACUUGGAAGGUACAUCGGCAUGCAGAAGGCCAAGUCUCACGAGAUGAGAAAAAAACGCAAGAGCAGGAAGGCGACGGCGGAACUUCCGCAACAGACGUCCGAUAAACGAGAGACAACUAUUUCCUCCGUUCCGCAAACGUCGUGA